GACGAGUUUCCUUCCGGCUUCCUUGCUGGUGUGGGCUCCGAGAGCUCUGGCUUAUCUGGACUCUGCAGUCGUCCAACAGAGGAAUCUUGAGGACUGACCAGUUCUUGCAGUUUGAAACCAUGGCCCAUGGUUCAGUGACGUUCAGGGAUGUGGCCAUAGACUUCUCCCAGGAAGAAUGGGAAUUCCUGGACUCAGCUCAGAGGGACUUAUAUAGGGAUGUGAUGUGGGAGAAUUAUAGCAACUUCAUCUCACUAGCAGGACCUUUCAUUUCUAAACCAGACACAGUUACCUUAUUGGAUGAAGGGAAGGAGCCCUGGAUGGUUGUGAGGGAAGGGACAAGAAGACACUACCCUGAUUUGGAGUCCAGAUACAGGACCAAUACCUUAUCUCCAGAAAAGGACAUUUAUGAAAUAUAUUCAUUCCAAUGGGAGAUAAUGGAAAGAAUUAAAAGCUAUAGCCUUCAGGACUCCAUUUUUAGAAAUGAUUGGGAAUGCAAAAGCAAGAUUGAGGGGCAAAAGGAACCACAAGAGGGAUAUUUUGGGCAAGUGAAAAUUACUUCUGAAAAAAUGACCACUUACAAAAAGCAUAAUUUUCUUGCUGAGUAUCAGCGAGUUCAUAAUGGAGAAAAGUUAUAUGAAUGUAAGGAAUGUAGGAAGACCUUUAUUCGUCGUUCAACACUAAGUCAACACCUGAGAAUUCAUACUGGUGAGAAACCUUAUAAAUGUAAGGACUGUGGGCAGGCCUUUAGACAGCGUGCCCACCUUAUUCGACAUCACAAACUUCAUACUGGUGAGAAACCCUAUGAAUGUAAGGAAUGUGGGAAGGCCUUUACAGUGCUCCAAGAGCUUACUCAACAUCAGAGACUUCAUACUGGUGAAAAGCCCUAUGAAUGUAAGGAAUGUGGAAAGGCCUUUAGAGUACAUCAGCAACUUGCUCGACAUCAGAGAAUUCACACUGGUGAGAAACCCUAUGAAUGUAAGGCAUGUGGGAAGACCUUUAGGCAGUGUACACACCUUACUCGACAUCAGAGACUUCAUACUGCUGAGAAGCUCUAUGAAUGUAAGGAAUGUGGGAAAGGCUUCGUAUGUGGUCCAGACCUUAGAGUACAUCAGAAAAUUCAUUUUGGUGAGAAACCCUAUGAAUGUAAGGAAUGUGGAAAGGCUUUUAGAAUAUGCCAACAGCUUACUGUCCAUCAGAGUAUUCAUACUGGUGAGAAACCCUAUGAAUGUAAGGAAUGUGGGAAGACCUUUCGAUUAAGGCAACAACUUGUUCGCCAUCAGAGAAUUCAUACUCGUGAGAAACCCUACGAAUGUAUGGAAUGUUGGAAGACCUUUAGUAGCUACUCACAACUUAUUUCACAUCAGAGCAUUCAUAUUGGUGAGAGACCUUAUGAAUGUGAAGAAUGUGGUAAGGCCUUUAGACUGCUCUCACAACUUACUCAACAUCAGAGUAUUCAUACCGGUGAGAAACCUUAUGAAUGUAAGGAAUGUAGAAAACCUUUUAGACUGCUCUCACAACUUACUCAGCAUCAGAGUAUUCAUACUGGUGAGAAACCUUAUGAAUGUAAGGAAUGUGGUAAGGCUUUUAGACUUUAUUCAUUUCUUACUCAACACCAGAGAAUUCAUACUGGUGAGAAACCCUACAAAUGUAAGGAAUGUAAAAAGGCCUUUAGACAACAUUCACACCUUACUCAACAUCAGAAAAUUCAUAACGGAAUUUAAUAAAGCCUUCAAAUGUACAUUGUUACAGAACAUCAGAAAAUUCAUUUUUGAGAAUUGUUUAAUGCUCACAACUAAGCAUAAGAAAUUUUAUAUUACAGAAAAAAUAUGUUGCUUUAAAAGCCUUCCAUCACCGGUCAAACAUUAUUUAUCUUCAGCAAAUCCAUUUAAGAUGAUAAUAUAGUGAAUGUAGGAAAAUCUUUAGCCUUAUCUAUCAUUGUCUCUAUUUCACCACUUUAUUACCAGUGUGUUAUGGACAAGGUACUUAAACUUCUCUGCCUCAUUUUGCUCACUUGUAAAAUGGUGAUAAUAGUACCUAUGUAUAUUAGUUAUUUAUUGCUGUGUAAUAAAUUACCACAAACUUAGUAGCUUAAAAUAAUACACAUUUAUUAUCUCACAAUUUCUAUGGGUCAUGAGUCUGGGCAUAACGUAGUUGGGUCCCCUGCUUCAGGGUCUCUCACAAGGCUAAAAUCAAGGUUUCCGUCAGGGCUGGAUCUCAUCUGAAGGCUUGACUGGGGAAGGGAUCCACUUCCAACCUUACAUGGUUGUUGGCUGAAGGCUGACCUCAUUCCUUGCCACAUGGGCCUCUUCAGCAUGGCUGCUUGCUUUAUUAAAGCUUACAAGCCAAGAAAGCAAUAGAGUCUGCUAACAUCACAGAAGUUCUCUUCUUGUGUAAUCUAAUCACUCGAGUAACAUGUCAUACCUAUGCUGUUUUCUGGUUAGAAGCAAGUUAAACUGCCCUACACUCAAGGGAAGAGGAUUACACAAGAGUAUGAAUACCAGGAGGCAGGGACCAUUGGGGGCCAAUUCAGAGUCAGCCUACCACAUUGUAUAAUAGAAUUGUUGUAAGGAAUAAGUUGUUAAUACUUGGAAAAUAGCAGCCACAUAGCAUGUUUUCUGUAAAUAUUAUCUACAGUUGUUAUUAUCAUCGUUACUAUUAGUGAAUUUGUAUGAAAGGAAUAUCCUAUAGAAGUAAUAAAUGUAGAAAUGCCUCCUGUCACUGCUCAGCACUUACUAAACAAGAUAAUUUAUUCUGGAUAAAAUCGAGAGGUUAUAUUGAAGUGAGAAGUUCUUCAUCACUUAAGUUGCAUUAGAAAUUUUAUGCUGAAAAGAAGCAUUAUGUGAGUGUCAUGAAUGUGAGGUUGAUAAGAGUACAACUGUUGAAGAAUCAAAGAGAAAUAUGAAAUUAUUUUCACAUAAUAAAUUCCAAAAAGUAAAUAUUUUAUAAUUCCUAUUGUCUGACCGCUGUUCAAGAUUAAUUAGAAACUGUCAAGAACAUGGCAGAAAGGAAACUAACCACUUGGAAAUUUAAUAUUGUGUGUGUGCAUGUUCGUGUGUGUGUGUAAAAUUCUUGUAUAAAAGAAAGAAAAUGUCAUUCCAUUUCAGUCAGUAUAUUUUUUGAUGCUCAAAUCACCUCAUCUUCAGCCAGUGGGAGUUGGGUCUCUUGACGUGACUCCGAUAGUAGUUUGAUAGUUUGCUUGGUUAUGGCUGCACAAUUUGCUCAGACAUGGAAGAUGUUUGGGCACCAAUUCAUUCCAAAAUCUAUAAAUAAGAGAAAAAAUAAGCAUUUAUUUUGCUUUUCCCAUGUGAACCAAGUUUCAG